UCACGAGUCACACAUCCCACACCACCACCACGCCGGCCACGACAGCGGGAAACCAAGAUGAGGAUGUGUUCAGUUAUGGAGAAGGAGGAGUUGUGAGGGAUCGUGCGAUGGAGCGAAUGGCGGAGCACUUGCGCCAGUUGCAGGACAAGGUUGAAGGGAGGCCAGAGAGGAGAGCUCGAGGGCAUCCUUUUGCUAGGGAGAUCCUCGCUGCUCCCUUGCCGACCAAUUUCAAGGAGACCAACUUGGUGUAUGACGGGUCGUCUGACCCGUCGAGGCACGUGAGGACUUUUGAGAAUAUGGCUGUGUUACAUGGAUACUCUGAUUCUGUUUGUUGCAGGGCAUUCUUAUCGACCUUACGCGGAGGAGCGCUUGACUGGUUCCAUCAGUUACCUUCGGGAUCGAUUGUGGAUUUUGAGGAUUUUGCCAGCAAACUCACUAAUCAAUAUUCGAGCGCGGUGGCACAAGAGAAGACUUAUUUGACCCUGAUGGCGAUGAAACAGGGUGAGAAGGAGUCGUUGAGGAAGUAUGUUGCUCGAUACAAUCAAACAUGUUUGGAGGUGCACUCCACUUCGGAUGAGGUGAAAGCGGGAGGAUUGAUAAGGAGUCUUCGAGCAGGGCCUUGCCGAACUUCUUUAGCCAAGACCCCGACUCGAUCAUACGAGGAUGUUCUAAAGCGAUGCAGGAAGUACAUUAAUCUGGAGGAGAUGGAGAUGGAGUUUGCAAAGCUCGAGGGGGUGGCUCAACCAGAACCAAAAAAGGAGCAGAGCCGGCCGAGAGGGAGAUCACCAGGGAGGAAUUCGCCUAAGAGGAACGAGCAGAGGAGGGCGUCUCCUCGAAGAGGAGGUAGGGAUGCGAAAGGGGAGAGAAGAGACGAAUGGCAGAGGAGGCCGAUGGUGUUCGAGAGGCAGAG